CGGCAAAAUGCAUCUGAUAUCGAUAGGCGAUAGGCCGCGCACUUAAGAAAUUGAAUUCACCUAAAGUAAACACCAAACGGAAUCAUAAAGCUUGGACGCGCAAUGAACGGAAUGAACUAUUUUCCGAACUACUACUCCAUCGAGGACAUAUUCGUGACCCAGGAGAAGGUGGAAUGCCGGGUGAACACCAAGCUGCAGCGGAUGGGAUUCCUGGACUCCGGCGCCGAAUCGGAUGACCUGGAGCCCGGCAAGACGGUCAAUCUGCCACUGUGGUACAUCAAGGAGCUGAAGGUAAACAAUGCCUACUUCACCGUCGCCGUGCCGGAUAUAUAUCGCAAUGUGCACAAGGCCGUCUGCGAGGCGGAGACCACGCACAUCGAGCUGGGACGCCUGCACCCGUACUUCUACGAGUUCGGUCGCUAUCUGACGCCCUACGAUCGCAACCAUGUCAUCGGCCGCAUCAUCUUCGAAACGCUGCGCCAGAGGGUACGCCAUCUCCUGGACAUCUCAAAGAGCGACGGACAGGCAGCCAAAGCGGAGCAUCGACUGGACAACAUCGAGGCCAAGCUGCACGAGGCUGGAGUGCGCACCAACAGUCAGUACAUCGAAUGGCUGCAGAUGACGGGCAACAAGAUUCGCACCUCGGAGCUGGUCGAGGAGCACCAAAAGAAGCGGCGGCGUGCGGAUCGCAGCGAUGACGAGGGCGAUGUUCUGCCCAACAGCAAGCGGGCCACCUUGUAGCAAGCAAGUAAACACGUCUAGACCACUGAUGUGCUGUGGAACUGUAGCAACUUUAUUUCGUCCAUUCGUGCGGUGGCCAUAGGGCAGCCUGACCUCUCAAAAAUACACUUUUCAUCUACUCUAUGCACACGGCUAAAUCCAUUUGUACAUGGGUUUCGCAUACAACUACGCAUAACUAAGCAUCCAAUCUGGGACCGGUCUUAAACAAAACACAUAGGAGCUGCCGGUCUGCGUUCUUCAUGGACUUGGCAAUAAGCCAAAGCGAUGUUGCGCCACAUUAUUACAUAUAAAUAGUUAACUACAUAUAUAAUUAUAUUCUUGUAAGCUCAAUUAAAAUUUGAUUUUGUGCUAGUUUCACAUACAGUUCACAAAUAAACAUAUACACCAAUGUCAGCAUA